AUGUGUGCUGAAGUGGAGAAGAAAAGGAUAUUAUUGGAAGGACUAAAUUUAAAGACGUCUACAAACGAUAUCGAGAGAUUUUUUACAAGAUGGGGUCCUCUCUCUGAAUGCAUUGUAUUAUUUGACAAAAAAACAAGUCGAUCUCGAGGUUAUGGAUUCAUUUGUUUCGUUAGAAAUUGUCAUUCUGAACAGUGUUUGGAAACACAGCCACAUACAGUGGAUGGUGUACAAAUACAAAUGCGCUUAGUAAAAAAUACAUCAUCAAAUCCUAUCGCCAAGUAUUUACGCACACGAACAAUUCUGGUAUCAUUUCUUGGUGCUCAGCUAACAAUCAGUGAUAUUCAAAAUUAUUUUUCAAGCUUUGGACCAAACAAUGUUGAUUAUGUAGUGGAUCGUAUUACUGAGAAGACGUUAUAUUUUGCUUACGUUACAUUUGAUGAGUCAGAAUCAACUGAAUGCUGUGUUAAUCUCAAAGAACAUUAUAUUAACGGCCAUCGCAUUUUUAUUCGAAAAUUUAUUCGACAGGAAGAUCUGAAAAAAGCUGAACAAAUGGAACGUGUUAAAGCUAUUCAUGAAGCUCAAGUUGCAGCAGAGUUAGAAGAAGAGAUUAAAAGGAGGAGGAUAUAUUUUAAUCAAAAAAUAUAUGAUGAUUAUGCCAUGAAAUUAGCGUUGUUGCACCCGCCUCCUCCUCCAUCACUUCCUGUUCAACCAUCAAAGAAUGACGAUAAAAACACAAAAUUAUCCGCAUCUACGUGGGUGCCUUUAUUGCCAAAUAAUGAUUUUCAACAUACUGCUUCGUACCUUGCUGGUUACGGUUCACGACGAGAAAGUUUCAAGCAGAAUAUAACUUUUCAAGAAUCUGAGCGUUUGAAACAUAGUGGAGCUACAGCAUCACAGUGGAUUCCUUUACCACAUAAGUUCCACCAAACUCCUCUUGUUGGGGAAUACCGUGAACAGAGUGAAGAGCUGAAUGAUAAGUCUUGA